UAUUAUCGGCAAAAAGGCAAAGCGCGUGAGAUCAUCAUCCACGAACUAAACCAAACCAAACCCACCUUAAUUAUCAGUUCAUCACUUCUCUGCGCUAAUCACUUCACUCUUCGCUAACCACCUAAGUUCCAACCAACCAAUUUCUCUAACUCCUACAUCACAAGAUGUCGAUUUUUUGACCCAAACUGAAAUCUGAACAACUCGGAUUUUCUUUUCCAUUUCCGAUUCCGUUGACCGGAGCGAAUCGAUGCUUUUUUGGCCCGUUUAGAUGGUGAUCUUCAACACCUCUAUUACUGCUUGGAUCCGUCACCUUCUCGCUUGCAUGGGUGGUUGUUUUGGUUGCUGUGCUAAAUCCACUCCAAUUAUUGCUGUGGAUGAACCAUCAAAAGGAUUGAGGAUACAAGGACGGGCAGUGAAGAAACCUAGCAUAUCAGAUGAUUUUUGGAGCACCAGCACAUGUGAUUUGGAGAACAGUGCUGUGCAAUCUCAGAGAAGUGUCUCAUCAAUCAGUGUAUCAAAUGUGAAUCUCAAUAGUAGCACCAGUGGCACAAGCAGCAAUUCUGACUUUGUAAAUCAUGGUCUUCUUCUUUGGCAACAGAGCAGGCUUCAGUGGAUUGGAAGUAACACUUCCACAAAUCAAACCCAACAGAGAUGGGAACGCAGAUUAAGCUGGAAUGCAACUUAUGAAGGCUUACUUGGAACCAGAAAUCCUUUCCCCCAGCCCAUUCCUCUCUCUGAACUUAUUGAUUUUCUGGUGGACGUAUGGGAGCAGGAGGGAUUGUACGAUUGAAGAACUGAAUUGCAAAAAGUAUUUCAGCUUUCAUUCUGUAUUCCUCAUCGUUGUAAGUUUGACUGGUAAGAGGCUUCUGUAAAUAGCCAAAAAAAAAAAAAAGGAAGAAGACCAAGAAAAUGUUUCUAGGAAAAUGCUAAGCAUGGUUGCAGGUAAUAUGACUCUGCAAUCUGGACCAUUAAUUGAUGUGGGUCUCAUGUGCUUUAUGAAGUGCGACCUGCAUCAAUCAACACUUCGGGUUGCACAGCCAUAUCACCUGCGACUGUGAAAGGCAAACCUCAUGUUUCUGUUCCAAUUGUAUUAUUCCAUAUUAAUGGUAAUCCACUUUCUCCUUGCGUCCCA